UUACUCCUCUUGUUCAGUUGUGAAGCCGCCGGUCGGAAUUUUCAACUUUACAGUUGCCGGUGGAGUCGCCGGUCGGAAUUUUUCCAGAGUAUUCUAAUAUUUGACAGUCUUGGGGAAGUAUCGACGAGUUCUCAGACCGUUAAUACAGUUGACGACAUUUUUGACUCAGCAUUGAAUCUAGAGGACGCUCAUUACAAAGAAGGAUACUCGGAAGGCUAUACGGAUGGUCUAAAUUCUGGUAAAGAUGAAGGCAACCAGGUAGGGCUCAAAACGGGGUUUGAAGUAGGCAAAGAAUUAGGUUUUUACAGAGGUUGUAUUGAAGUCUGGAAUGCUGCAAUCCUAGUAGAACCAACCUGUUUCUCAUCCCGAGUGCAGAAAAGCAUCAAACAGAUGGAUGGAUUGCUCCGUACAUACCCCUUCUCUGAUCCAGAGAACGAGUCCGCCACUGAUACUAUUGACUCUUUGAGAUUGAAAUUUAGAACUAUUUGUGCAACUCUGAAUAUUAGACUGGAGUGUGAUGGGUACCCCAAAGCCUCUGGGAUCGAUAAGACCGGAUUCUAAUUGGUCUAAUCAUCAAUGGUCUGAUCAGGUACUUUCCUUGUAGACAAUAUAUACUCUAGUAGAUGAGUGAUGUCUAUAAGCAUUAAUGAUCUAUGAUUUGUGUAAGCAUUAGACUGAAGAAAUAUCAUUUCUUGAGAAACACAUUUUACUUCUUAGUAA